AUUUAUCCAAUAUGAAAAUAAUUAUUCAGAGAGUCCACAAAGCUAGUGUUUCAGUAGAUGGUGAGCCAGUAUCAAGUAUUGGAAAAGGACUCUUAGUUUUACUUGGCAUUACUCAUGAUGACACAAAGGCUGAUUCACUUUAUCUUGUACAAAAGUUACUCAACAUUAGACUUUGGCCUGAUAAUAAAGAAAUUGAUGGGAUUAAACACAGCAAACCAUGGAUGAAGUCUGUUAUGAACAUGGACUAUGAGCUCUUAAUAGUCUCUCAGUUUACUUUAUAUCAUAAAAUGAAAGGAAACAAACCAGAUUUCCAUAAUGCAAGAGAUCAUGAAGAAGCAAAAGAAAUGUAUCUCGAAUUCAUUCAACUCCUUAAAGAUGGAUAUGGAGAAGAUAAAGUACAAAUGGGAGCAUUUGGACAAUACAUGAAUGUAGAACUCCAAAAUGAUGGUCCAGUCACAAUAGCAUUAGACUCCAUCAAAGACCCUAAAAUUGUCCACAAACUUGAGAAAGAAGAGAAAAGGAAGCUAAAACACACAAAAAAUAAAGAAAAACAGAAAAAACAAAAGGAAGAAUCCAAGGAAGAAGUAACAAAAGAAGAGGAGACUGAACCCUCCACAAAGGAGGAUCCAAAACCCGGCCCCUCAAAAGUGGUAGAUAUAGAAGAGACUUCUAAGGUAGAGCCAAAAAUAGAGGAUGCAACCCCUCCAUCGUAA